AAUAGUCCUAGCAUUAUCAAUAACAAACCGGGUUACAGGUGUUUCCACCUACAGCCCUUCCGAUUACUUUUACUUAGUGUUUGCGUGGUAAUUUACACCAUCAAAUUGGCGCCGACCGUGGGACCUCAUUACAAAAGUCAUGACAAGCAACCAGGAAAUGGUGAUCUCACAAAUUUCAACUCCCGCUGAGAACGUUACUUCGUUCCCGGGAGGAAGUACCCAACCGUCAAGCCAGAUUCCUACCCCCAUAAUCACCAUUCCACCACCUAUUCCGUUCACUUCCCCCGUCACCUCUAUCCCCAUUUUUUCUCCAAAUUUUCCCGGGACCGUGGACCCGCUGUUUUCACAGGCAUUCCAAAAUUUUGGGCAGUUUAUGUCCAUGUUUCAACAGCCAAGAGGAUUUUCACCUUUCAUUCCCGGGUUAUACCCACAAUCCUUGCCCCAAACUAAUAUCGUCCGCCCGAUCGCUCCAACAAACCUGAUCGGAGAAAUGGACAAAGUUGGUCCGUCCCGGUCCAGAAGGAGUCGGUCCCGAAGGUCACGCACGCAGAUCACGCUUGAUGGCAAUGUGCGAUCAGUCCAUAGCAGGGACGAGGAUUGGGAUGUACCCCAGGCACAAAAGAAGCUGAAGGGAAAAGCUAUUCAGCCUGAAGGGUCCAGGAGGUCAGCGUUUCAAAGGCUUGGCCAUGAAGGCCGAAAUCAAAACCGGCCUGCCAAAGAACGAAUAGGGGUGGAAACAACCCCGUUGAGUUCUUUUGAUCGCCUGGGUAGAGGGGCCGAGCGACCUGGUCAGACCAGGCGCACGGAACCUCCCCAUCGCGAAGAGCCCCAACAUAGCCGGGCACCACGAGAGGAGGAAGCAGAAAGCCACCCCAGGCAUACGACUCGUACCCUUGUUGAGCCACGGGAUCGUGUGGGCCGGGUUGAGGCACGACUGGAGAAGCUACAGCGCCGGGUAGACCGGGAGGAAAAGAAGAAAGUUCUGUUGAACGAAUCUCCGUUCACAGACCGGGUCCAUGAAACCCCAUUUCCAAAGAAGGCAAAACUUGAGGUCCCAAAGUUCACCGGGAAGGAGGACCCGGAAAUUCACGUCAAAACCCUCCAUCAAAGCGGACGGAUGAUGGGUCUUUCCGAGGAUGAGAAAUGUCUGCUUUUCUUUCAAACCCUUCGCGGCCGUGCCGCUGAGUGGUUUCAUAACCUACUGGCCGGUGAAAUCGACUCUUUUGAUGAACUGGCUGAGGUGUUUCAAGAAAAGUUCAAAGAAAACUGUACCAAGAGGAAAAAAUUUACCUACUUGAGUACAGCCGGGCAGCGAGAGCACGAGGAUCUGAAAAAAUUCCUUACCCGGUGGAAGGAUGAGGUUGACAAGGUGGAGGAGAUGGACGACAAAACAGCCAUGUCCCUCCUUGUGUCCGGGCUCCGGUCCGGAGAAUUGUAUAAGGAAUUCUGCAGGAGGCCUCCCCAGUCCUACCAGGAGGCCUACAAUACAGCCUGGGAUUAUGCUGACGCCGAAGCACAGGUGUCGUCCAAAAGGGAGGCCGAGCAGGGCCAUUCUAAAGGGAAAAUUUCUUUGAAAAAGGAAAUUGAACUGCCCGGUAGGGUGAAAGCGGAAGUCAUGGAGGUGAAGCCGGUCAAAUCAGAAAAGAAACCGACCGGCGAAAAACCAAUGGGAAAAGAUCACAAUGACCCCCUGGUGAUAACUAUGGACAUGGGUGGAGUUGAUGUCUCCCGGGUACUUGUUGACACGGGCAGCAGUGUUAACGUUUUGUACCUGGAUGCAUUUGAGAAGCUCAAGUUGUGUCGAACACGGCUUGAGCCCUUAAAGACUCCCCUGUCCGGUUUUACCGGGGACUCGGUCGAAGCUGAGGGGUCGAUCCUUUUAACUUGUGAGCUGGGCACGGGCGAGCAGGUCGUCCAGAAGCAAAUGAGGUUUGUAGUUGUGAACAUCAAAUGUGUUCACAAUGCUAUUUUGGGCCGGCCUGGGAUAAACAAGGUCCGUGGGGUCAUCUCCAUGGCCCAUCUCUGUAUGAAGUUCUAUAUCCCGGGCGGUAUAGGACAAGUCAGAGGAGAUCAAAAGAAGGCCCGGCAUUGCUAUCUGGAGGCAGUAAAGAAAAUGACAAAGGCCUUUGAGAGAGUCACUCUGGUCUCUCAGGAGGAAGACCGGUCAAAAUUAGAACCAGGCGAUGAAACUGAGCAGAUUGUUCUCCGGGAAGCCUUCCCAGAAAGAAUGGUACGGAUCGGAAGAGAUCUGCCCGGAGGACUUCGAGAUGAAAUCAUCUCAGUUCUUCGGGAAUAUGCAGAUAUUUUCACCUGGAGUGUGGCAGACAUGCCGGGCAUUAACCGUUCUGUCAUAUGCCAUCGUUUGGCCGUGAUGGACGGGAGUCGGCCUGUGAAACAAAAGAAGAGGCACUUGGCGAACGUCCGGAGGGACUUUGUGAAGAAAGAAGUCAAGGACUUGUUGGCGGUCGGGCACAUACGGGAAGUACAAUACCCGGCCUGGCUGGCUAACGUCGUCUUGGCUCCAAAAGGCGACACAUGGCGCAUGUGCGUGGAUUACACAGACUUGAACAAGGCGUGCCCCAUGGAUUCAUACCCGCUGCCCAGUCCCGAUCAGAUGGUCGAUGAGACGGCCGGGUGUGAGUUGCUGAUGCAGAUAUGCUUUCAAAAUUGACACAAGCUUGCCCAGAGCAUGUGUCGAAGUUGGCGAAAAUUGAGAUCCUGGACGUGCCGAGUACAGACCGGUUUGAAGUCGCAGCCAUCCAACCGGGCCUGACUUCAGCGACCGGGAUAAUCGGAGCAGAUGAUGACUGGAGGUAUGAACUCAUGGAGUAUCUGGAGACCAGUCAGAAGCCAGAUGACGAGGAACGAGCCAGGAAAGUGGUCUUA